AUGCCCAAAAUCAAACUCAAGAAGCCUAGGGAUCUCGAGACGUCGGCAGUUGAACCACAGCCCAAAAAAGUAAAGCUUAAGGCAAAAGGCACCGCUGAAAACGCCAAGAACGGUAGUGCACUCAAGGUUAAGUUGACAAGGAAAGAUGCCAAAUGUGAGCUUGAGAAAGCGGGGUCAGCACCUAUGAAGCUGAAGAUAAACCUCAAUAGCAAGGAGAAGUCGAGCUCUGCAGCUUCGGCGACUCCCAAAGCUCCCAGAUUCAGAAUAAAGCCUGUCCGAGUGCCUGGUGAAGGAUACGAUUCAGAGGCUUCCGACAUUGAGGACGACCCUUUGAUCGAGGAAGGUGUUAUACUGCGAGUAAUGCCAGACGUUCAGACAGAAUUCGUAAAAAGCUGCAUCGAAAGCGGGGACUUUUCAGGUUUGAGCUUGAAAUGGAAAGGCGAGAGACAUGCAGUGGUGAGGGUCAACGGCCAUCAAUAUGGGGCAGUACUUGUAAAUUUACCUACCAUCAUUGAAGUGAAUAAGAGCAUUGACCGUAAGAAUUUACUGAAAGCGUUUGACGUUUCUCAAAUGCUUCUUUGCGUUAAAACCAUUGAACACGAAGAAGAGGUUUUCUCAGUAGUGCCGCCUGAUACGGAGGACUUGGUUACUAAGCAUUUUGGCGCUUAUAAGAAUGAAAUUGAGGAGCUCAAGAAAAUAGUGACUCGGGGCUAUAAUGACGGGCCUUUGACAGACGCAGAGGCUAAUAAUAUAGAUGAAAUUGUUAAGAAAGGCUACGACUACAAGCAUGGACUCACUCCUCCUCUGUAUAACGUACGAAACCGAAGAUUCCGUCGCCGGCUUGCCAAUCAAGAGGUAGAUUACGUGGAGAAGACAGUGGAACAUCUGCUGAAACUGGAUGCUGAAGCUGAAGGUUUCUCGUACGACCUUGUCGAUGAAGAUUUCUUGCAGCAAAGAUCUGGGAGCAAUGACGAACAAAGACAAAAAUCUGUAGAUAGCGGAUUCGAUCUAUUCGGCGAAGACGACCACGAAGAUUUAGAAAUGGAACUAGAGCAGGCUUUACAAGAAGACCGGCAUGUUGGGGAUCAUAUCUCCAGUGAAAUACGACAAGAGGCAGUUGAAGAAACGGGGGAUGACGUGGAACAGGACAAUGGCGAUGAUGAUGACGAGGAAGAAGAAGAGGAGGAGGAGGAGGAGGACGACGAUGACGUUGAGGAUGAGAUUGAAGAAGAAGAUGAAGUUGAGAGUAAUUUGGUAACUAAUGUUGCCAAGCCACCGGUAGACGAAGAACUACAACACAGCGAAUUACUGAGAGACGAACUAGAAGAAUUACAGAGCACAUUACUACAGAACAGACAGAAACUAGAAAAAGCUACCAACCCGCUAUUGAAGUCGAGAUUCAUUGAUAGCAUCAAGAAAUUGGAAAAAGAAGUUGACUUAAAAAGGAAGCAGCUCAAAUCGACCGGUGAAAUUUCCUCCAGUCGUUCGGAGAGUUUGGCUGCUAAUGAGGAAGAAGGUGAAGAAGAUGAAGAAGAUGAAGAGGAAGAUGUAGAAGACGAGGACGACGAUGACGACGAUGACGAUGCUACGAACACUGCAGAUGUGAUCGCCAAUGACCAAAAGCCUAUCGAAGAACUUGACCAGGACGAUAUGGACAUGAUGAUGCUGUUCGGUGGCGAGGGCGAUGAGUAG